AUGAAAGUUACCAGACUUCAACUCGGUGUGUAUUCUGUUCAAGGCAAUCAACAACCUUUUUGUCUGUAUUUAUUCCCUUUGGUGGCUUCUUCUUCUCACGGGCAAGAUAUACCUUCAAGAGCAACUAUUCAUUCACCAUUUUAUCGAUUAAGGGACAUCGACGCUAUUUUCUUUAAUUCAGAAAAUGAUUAUCUAUCAAAAUCGGGUCUAAUUCCUCAAGCUUAUAUAGAAACACCUGGAUAUUGCUUCCAUGAACGUUCUGGUGAUAUAUUUUUAGCUGCCAGAGCUAUAAGUGAUACUGCUACUCGAUUAGGAAAUCUUCUCCUAGCGGAAUUCGCAAAAUUAGGAAAAUCAGAUAUAAUAUCAGGUGUAGCUGAUCGAUAUUUAAGAGAAGUUUCAAUAGUUUUAGUAACUCAUGAACCUCUUAUAGAGGCUGAGUUUGAAUUUUUCAUCGCGGAUUCGUCAUCAUCAAAAUCUCCAAUUACAUAUUCCCCUUCACAAAUCCCACAAACUCAAAGUAGUCCAAAAAAUGAUACAAAUUCUCCUCCUAGUUCAUCUUCACAAGUUUCCGGAAGAAAGCGUAUGUCCCUUGAAGAAGUUCUAGAUAAUGAUAACGAUAGGGAAAAUGAUCGAGUUUACGAUCAAAAAAUCACAUCACAAUCUGAUUAUACAACUUCACCUUUGGAAUCUGAAAGAGAAUCUACAAUGAUAAAAAAGGAACAAUCUCCUAUUUAUUCUGGGAGUGAUCGUUCUCAAAAUUCAUCUCCAAAUCACUCACCAAGAUCUGCUCAUUCACCAAGAUCACCUCACUCUCCAUCUGCACAGAAUUCUUCUGGUGAUAUAAUCAUUGACCAUGACGCUAGAAUGAGAAAGAAAAGGCGUUUUGCUAAUAAUAGUAUUACUCCUAAUAAUCCUGAAGUCAUGGAACAAGUUAGAAAUUCAUUAAAAUUAAAACAACAACAAAAAGCCAUAAUAGAAGCUAGACAAUAUCAAGCUCAUAUGUUACAGCAACAAAACUAUUUUAAUGAUAGACAACAUCCCAUCACUAAUUGUAAUACUUCGACAUCCAAAUCAGUCUCUAAUUCAUCAAAAGCAAUUUCUCAAAGUACUUUAGACUUAAAUAGAACAAUUUCUUCUAUGUCCAAGCGACAUUCCGGAAGCAAGAACAAUCGUAAUUCUAGGAAUCUUAGCGUAUUUGCUUCACCUUAUACAGGCUACAAUCAUGGUCAAAGAUCUGCUGGUAUGCCUGUUUCUGCUCCCACAUUAAAAUCUUCACCAAGUAGACAAAGUGUAUUUGGUUAUCCAUUGUCAGCAAAUUCAGCUUUUCGACCUACACAUUCUGCAUCCUUUAAUGCUAACAUCAAUGGCCUUAUAUCUCCUAAUAAUGUUGAUGAUAGUAGCCCAGCUGUUAGCCCGGGUAUUAGUAUCCGAUCUAAUCCUUCUAAUCUCAACAGUCCUACAUCUGCUUCCAAUGAAGAGAAACCCUCAAAAGAAUCAUUCAUUCAUCUAUUUGAUAAUUUCUACGAUACAGUUUCUGAUACACGUUCACUUAAGACUACCCUCGAAGAUCAAAUCCGUAAAACAACAACUUUGUUACAAACCCUCCAAGCAUCUGGUGCCAUGAUUGAAAGUCUUGUUCGUGGGCAUUUUCGUGAGAUGCAAAGAGAAGUGAUUAAAGAUAUGACAGCUUUAGAAAAAAGACUUUCAAAAAUUGAAGAGCGUAUGAAUAAUAAUAAUGCAACUAUUAUAGGAAUGAGUCUCAGUCCACCUCAUGAUACAGACAGGAGACUUAGUGAUAUUAGUACAGUUAGUGAUGAAAUGGGUUAUAAAAGUAAUGGGAACACAACAAAAUUUGCUCAAACUGACGGUAAAGAUGGUUCAUCACAAUUUUUAUCAGCGGGGCAUCAACAUUAUAGCCCACCCUUGUCAGCUUCUUCUUCGCGUAAUGAAGAGACACAACCUCAGGAUUAUCAAGAUGUACUGCGUUCUUUGAAAGCUAGGCUAGAAUCCUUAGAAAGACGCAU